GUAAAUGUACUUACUGUAAAAGUGAAAGAGAUCUGAAAGAUUAACUAGUGUGAGUGUUAACAAGCAACAGCAGGAAAGACGAAGACUGCUAACUUGCAGUUUUUCAGGUCCUCUGUCCGCUCUUCAACUGAGAGAGGAGACUUUAGACAGAAAAGAACCAGUAUUGCCACCCGAUGUUACUAGAUAGAGCUCUGCUGUGACUGGAUGAUGGGAAGAGCUAGUGAAAAUGAAAGUAUGCAGCUGUUCCUGUUGUUAAACUCACAGGAGGCCUGUGUGAAAGUCACAAAUAACAGCAGGUUUAUUUAAAGCUUUUAAUGGGAAAUGACAAGUGUCAGAACUAAUUCAUGAGUCAGCUCUAAGUUGACUACUUCAAAUUCUGUCCGCGUGAAUUCCACAGCUGAGGCAGGAAAAAAGCACACUAUGGAUUCAGUGGGAGUGAAUGUCAUUGAGACUGCAGCUCUGGGGAGAACCUUCCAGCUGGGGAUGCUGUAUGACUGCAGAAAAGAUGCACUAGUACCAGGAAUCACACUAUGGGAUAAAGAGCAGCUGCAGCAGAGUAUACGGCAUCAUCCUCAAAUUAAUACAGAUUUCAAUAUUACAGCUUCAGACUCCAUUGAGGAAAAAUAUCACUUACUGAACAUUGAUGGUAAUCUAAAACUGAACAUUUUAAGUGGACUCAUCAAUGUUAGAGGAGCAGCUAAGUAUCUCAGUGACACCAAGAAAUCCUUCAAACAGCAGAGACUGACCCUACAUUAUCAUUCAACCACCAAGUUUGAAGAACUGACCAUGAACCACUUGGACUCUGGAAAUAUAGCACACUAUGAAGUGUUUGAUAAUGAUACAGCCACACAUGUGGUGACAGCUGUGCUGUAUGGGGCAAAUGCUUGCUUUGUUUUUGAUAGAGAAGUUGCAUCAGAUGAAGAUAGAAAUACAGUAGAAGGAGAAGUAAAAGCUGCCUUUGAUAAACUAAAGGGUAUUUCAGUUGGUGCACAGAUUGAUCUAAGCCUGAAUGACAAGCAGAAGACUGCAGUUAAAAAAAUGAGCUGCACAUUUUAUGGUGACUUCCAGUUACCAUCUAAUCCAACCUCUUUUGAAGAUGCGUUAAGGGUUUUUGCUGAUCUUCCAAAACUGCUGGGAGAGAACAGGGAACUUGCAGUUCCGUUGAAAGUGUGGCUUUAUCCCUUGGACAAACUGCAUUCACAUGCUGCAAAACUUCAAAAAGACAUCAGCAUAGGUCUAAUCAAAAAUGUUGAAUCAGUAUUUGAGAACUUAAGUACAAUUGAAAUGAAAUGUAGUGAUCUUUUGAAGGACACACCAUCUUUGGCUUUUGCAGGAUUUUGUGACAAAAUAAUGCAUAUGAAGCAAAACUGCCAUAUCUAUAAACUGAGUUUCAUGGAGAAACUUGGCUCUCUAUUGCCAAAAAUCCAUGGUGAUAUAGAAAAGGAAAUGGCACUGAUUGAGCUUCUGCAUGAUCAUGAAGAAUGUCCAUUCAGAGGAAGAGAUCUUGAGAAAUGGAUGAAAGGAAAGGAGCAAGAAUCUGUCAUAAUUAAAACACUUCUCAGGCAACUGAUUGAUUUUGGAGCCACGGUGGAAGAGAAUCUAGAUGAAAGUUUAAUGGAUCUGGAAGUUGAAAACGUGAUUAGCUACACUUUCACAUCAUUUGAGUGGCCAGAUGUACUCCUUUCUAAACAAAAGGCCUUCCUGAGUCCCUCAACAAAAGGAAACAAUAGUGAGGAUGCACCUGAUUUCAAGCAAAAAACUGGCUUCACCUCUGACAUCAAAAAGAAUAUGAAGAGCAACUUGAAAAUCUUUAAAAAGUUGAUCAAAUCCAAAACUUGUAAGCCAGCAAAAUUUAUUGUUGCAUCAAAAGAAAUUAAAAACAAUCCAGGUUCCUGCAUUAUACUGUAUGAAAAUGGAUCUGGUGAAGCCACUUGCUUUACUCCUCCAUUAAAACCAGCUUGUCCAGUCACUGAACAGAUCAUUGGACACAGUGUGGUUCUGAAGGUGUCUCCAACAUGUCCUGCAACAGAAGAGCUCAGGUUACUGUACAAAAUUAAGGAAGAGAAAGACUGGAAAUCUCAGUCUGUGCUACAGAGUCAUGACACAGUUAAUCUGACAGAUCUCAGUCCAGACACUGAGUAUGAGAUGAAAUACACAGCCGUGGGGAAGCUGAAUUACACCGUAGACAGUGAUGUCAUCCACCUCACAGUCAUAGACAAGAAACUCAUCGAUGCCACAGAGUCUGUCUUAGAAAAACUAAACUUGAUUGAAACCAAGUGCAGUAAACUUAUGCAGGAGAACAGUGCAGUCACAUUUAGUGCAAUUCACGGGAAGAUUCAAGACAUGAUGAGAUACUGCCAAUUCUACAAACAAGAUUUAAAUAACAGAAUUAAAUCAAUGAUUAAGUCAAUUCAAGCCUGUGAAAAAGAUAUAAGUGCUCUGACAGACCUUCUGCAAGCUCAUGGUGAGUCUCCAUUUAACAAAAGCAAUCUUAUGAAGUGGAUCACAGUGAAAGAUGAAGAAUCAAACUCAGUUGAUAAGUUUCUUCAACAACUGUGUGACUCUGGAGCUGAAGUGAAUAAUAACUUGGAUACAUUUUUGUCAGAUAUUAAAGUAAAGAAUCUGGUGUGCUACACAUUUAGUUCUCUUGACCUGCCAGACGACUUGCUUUCUGAUCAAGAACAUUUCCUGAAUCCUUCAAUAAUGAGAAGAAACUCUGAGAAGAAACCUUACGCAGUGUCUCAAACAUGGUUCACAGGAAGCAUCAGAGAGAAAAUGAGAGAACAUUUGGAAAUAUUUCAAAAGCUGAUGUUUUUACAUGGUGAUGUAGAGUCUGUAAAAUUUUUGGUCACCUCAAAAGAGCACACAAUCCAUCCAGGUUCCUGUAUUCUCCUUUAUGAAAAUGGAUCUGAUGAAGCCACAUGUUUAAGUCCUCCAUUAAAACCAGCUUGUCCGGUCAUUGAACAGAUCAGUGGUCACAGUGUGGUUUUGAAGGUGCCUUCAACAUGUCCUGCAACAGAAGAGCUCAGGUUACUGUACAAAAUGAAGGAAGAGAAAGACUGGAAAUCUCAGUCUGUGCUACAGAGUCAUGACACAGUUACUCUGAUAGAUCUCAGUCCAGACACCGAGUAUGAGAUGAAAUACACAGCCGUGGGGAAGCUGAACUACACCGUAGACAGUGAUGUCAUCCACCUCAGAGUCAUAGACAAGAAACUCAUCGAUGCCACAGAGUCUGUCUUACGAAAAACUAAACUUGAUUGA